UUUAUCUCCCCUCACAAUCCCCUUUUUACUCUUUAUUUUUUUUACUACUUUGAGCUUCGUGUCGGUCGGUGUACAGAUCUCGCAUUUCUCCACACUCAAAAACCCUCACAGACACUAUAAAUUCUCUUACCAAAUUCAAAAUACGGCUCUACACGCAAACCCGAAAGCAGUUCCGUUCUGUUAACUCAACAAAAUAUUUUUUUGGGGCUAGGUUAGUUAGAGUAGCGAUUGAUAGAAUAAGAAAUGCAAGACGAGGACUUUUCAUCGUUGUUGUUGUUACUGAGUUGUCAAAAAGAGACGGUGGCUGUUGGUUUAUUGUAGUAAUUGUUAUUAUAUAUAUUGGAGGGAGGGGAUUUGGAGGAGGAGUCUAUGAAGAAGGGGAUUGGCUUUGAAUGUACGUCCGGUGAAGGAUUCGAGCAGGAUAAUAAGGUGGGAUAGCCGGGGGAGACGGGGAAAAUGCGGUUCAUCAACUUUGAUUGAUUUGCUUAAUUGAGGAUCUGUAAUCUGUUUCCCAAUAUCAUCUGAUUUAAAAAGUUUCGGAUUUUGGUGGAGGGAAACUGUUUUAUUUUUUUAUUCUUUUUGGGGUUUUUGGUUGAAGUUUUGGAACUGGAGACAAAAAAUAUGCAGCAAGAUCAGAGAAAAAAGAAUUCAACAGAGAUGGACUUUUUCUCUGAAUAUGGUGAUGCCAAUAGGUACAAAAUUCAGGAAGUUAUUGGGAAAGGCAGUUAUGGUGUUGUUUGCUCUGCAAUUGACACUCACACCGGUGAGAAAGUGGCAAUAAAGAAGAUUCAUGAUAUUUUCGAACACAUUUCUGAUGCUGCUCGUAUAUUGCGUGAGAUAAAGCUGCUCAGGCUCCUAAGACAUCCUGAUAUUGUGGAAAUUAAACACAUUAUGCUACCACCUUCAAGAAGGGAUUUUAAAGAUAUCUAUGUUGUUUUUGAGCUCAUGGAGUCGGAUCUUCAUCAAGUCAUCAAAGCCAAUGAUGACUUGACACGAGAGCACUAUCAAUUUUUUCUUUACCAGCUACUUCGUGCAUUAAAAUAUAUCCACACAGCAAAUGUUUAUCAUCGAGAUUUAAAGCCAAAAAAUAUAUUGGCAAAUGCAAACUGUAAGCUUAAAAUCUGUGAUUUUGGGUUAGCAAGAGUUGCUUUCAAUGACACGCCCUCGACAAUAUUCUGGACGGAUUAUGUUGCUACAAGAUGGUAUAGAGCUCCUGAACUCUGUGGGUCCUUUUUCUCCAAGUAUACACCAGCAAUUGAUAUAUGGAGUAUAGGCUGCAUUUUUGCUGAAGUACUAACAGGGAAACCACUUUUCCCUGGCAAAAAUGUAGUUCACCAGUUGGACUUGAUGACUGAUCUACUUGGCACACCAUCAUUGGAUACAAUCUCUCUGGUUCGAAAUGAUAAGGCAAGGAGAUAUUUAACCAGCAUGAGGAAAAAGCAGCCUGUUCCACUCGCACAGAAAUUUCCCAAUGCUGAUCCUUUGGCACUACGAUUGUUGGAAAGGCUACUUGCUUUUGACCCCAAAGAUCGUCCAACCGCUGAAGAGGCACUGGCAGAUCCUUACUUCAAGGGAUUGGCAAGAGUAGAGAGGGAGCCUUCCUGCCAGCCAAUAACAAAGAUGGAGUUUGAGUUUGAGAGGCGAAGAGUUACAAAGGAGGAUGUACGAGAGCUAAUUUUUCGGGAGAUACUGGAAUACCAUCCUCAACUGCUCAAGGACUAUUUAAAUGGAACUGAGAGGACUAACUUUCUUUAUCCAAGUGCCGUUGAUCAAUUCAGAAAGCAGUUUGCACAUCUUGAGGAAAAUGGUGGUAAAAGUGGACCAGUAAUUCCUCUUGAAAGAAAGCAUGCAUCUCUUCCUAGGUCUACAAUUGUGCAUUCAAGCUCAAUCCCUACCAAAGAACAACAGAAUCUUGCUUCCUUCAAGGACCGGCACACUGCAGAGGAAGCAUACAACAAAAAUCCCAGAGACACUGAAGGAAUUCCCGUAAAUAUAUCAAGGACCUUGCAGGCACAGCAGAGAGUUCCACUGGCUAAACCUGGAAAGGUUGUAGGGCAAGUUGUAUCAUACGAGAAUGGGAGCAUCGUGAAAGAUGCCCGUGACCCGAGAACAUACAUCAGAAGUGCAGUCCUUCCUCCACACGCCGCCCCUUCUGCAUAUUGUUACCGUAAAUCCAACUCGGGAAAGCAAGAACGAUCUACCAUGGAAGCUGAUAGCGACUUAUCCUCACAAAAGCAAGUCCAGCAAUGUGGCAUGGCAGCCAAAUAUGCACCAGAUGUUGCUAUCAACAUAGACUCCAACCCUUUUUUUAUGACACGGAUAGGAGUGAACAAGGUAGAGCAUGUGGAUGACCGGGUGAUGAUUGACACAAGUUUGCUGCAGGCCAAGGCUCAGUACGGUGGGAUUAGUGCUUCUGCCGCUGCCGCCUCUACAGCUGCUCACAGAAAGGUUGGAACUGUUCAAUAUGGUAUGACAAGGAUGUACUAGAAAAGUACAGCUGCUCACGGAAUGGUUGGAGCUGUUCAAUAUGGCAUGACAAUGAUGUACUGAAAAAGGACAGCUGCUCACAGAAAGAUUGGAAUUGUUCAAUAUGGCAUAAUUAAGGAUGCACUAGAAAAGGACUCAGAAGAUCAACGUGUCUUGAGUCUAGUAGUGGAAAAAUCCAUGUAGAGCAAGAUUCGGUCUAGGAAAAUCGCUUUAAGGAAUAAGGAUACAGGAAGUUUGUGGAUAUAAUGUGAAGUUGUUGGACGGCAUUUUGUUUUGUAAAGUCUACAGUUCAUCAAUUAGAUAUUGAAUUGUGCUGUAUUCUUGAGACCUAGAAACAGCAAAUGUUGCGAAUGACUUGACAAGAGAUUCUUUCUGUGAA